CUUUUGAAGUGGAAGAUUUACUUUGCCAUUCUCUAAAACCUGCUUUAGUAUAUUCUACAAUUUUAGUAGUCUGGUCACUGGGUUCCACGUGAUUGUGAUGUGGCAAGUGCUUAUUGGGUGUUCAUAGAGUUUAGCCUUCCAUUUGGUUUUCGGUUUCAAUGCGAUGCCGUUUCACUUGGCAAACACCUCUGCUGACUACGGCUUUGGUUCUUUUGAAUUUAGUAUGAUUGCUACUCGCCACUCUAUGCGCGUGCCUAAUCUCUGUCCAUUCCCUAAAAUACGCCCCUACUGGAGUUGCGCAUGUACCAGAAAUAUUAAACAAUUUUUUAAUUUAAAAUUUAAUAAUCAAUGGUACGGAAGAAAAGGUGUUUGACAUCAGUUGAAUAUGGCCCAUGAAAAUUCUAUGUAGGCCCAUCAUGAACGAAAGCGUAAAAAUCUUCUACAUUGGAAAAAAAAAAAAAACAGGGAUAAUUUCAAGGAAAUGGUAAUGCACUUAGUAGCAAAGCGCGUGGGUAGAAAAGGCAAAUCCAUCAUUGGGAGUGCAUAUCAUGAUGAGGCUAUCUCUUGGACUAUGGUCACGUGCACCCUUGGAUUGUUGUGUGUUGUUUCACCUCGUCGCUAUCGAUACCCCAUGUGAUCCGACUAUGUAAAAGCCCAACCCUUUAUCCCUAAAUAUCAAGACUGCCACCGUUGUCGUGUUGUUGCAGAAAACGGCUAGUUGCGGUGUCGUGGCGUUGGGCCUGCUCUACAAUCGCAAUUUUAUGUAAUUGGUUUAUUGAAAGUGAAAUAGUGAUCUGGCCACGUUCAUUUUCGGACAUGCACAAUAGGUUCGUGAUGUUUCAUUUCUGUUAAUCACUUUCUUUUUUACAUAUGAAUUCCACAUUUUUUGCCUUGACUUUUCUUUUCUUUUUUGCUUAUUUUUUAAAUUUUUCUUAGCUGAUAGAAAAUGAAAUAUUGAAACAGAUUCUCACUCUUUGGGAAACAAACCAUUCUAAUUGAUGCAUUCAUGUAUUUACAUCUCUGGCAUUAAAAAAAAAAACUACAUGUUUCGUGCAAUCCCACUGUUGUCGCCCACAAGGGCAGAAUUGACAUGCCAAAUAAAUAGUAAUAGUAGAAGUCAAAAAGAUUAUUCAAAUUACUACUUAAAAAUUAUUUCUUAGUAGUAAUUUUAAUAAUUAUUAAUAAUAAUUAUCUUCGGGAGAUUGCUUAUAUUAGAGUACCCUGCUGGCUACUUGGGUUUACGUUCUACUAAAGACAAAUACCCACUUAUCUAUCAUCAUCUUCCAUUCUCUCUGUUCAUCUUCAUUUCUCUACCCUACACUCACCUCCAUGAUUUUCCAUCCCCUUCCUUUUUACUAAAAAUCUUUAAUCUUGCACUGUUCUCCCAUGUCCCAAUACACAAACAGCUGAAAGAAAAUAAGCAAUAUGGACACUGAUAGACCCCAUCGCUCCAACAGCAGCAACAACUCCAGCAGUACUACCAGCUCUAGCGAGCUCUUUAUUUGCUUCACUUCUCGCCUCUCUUCUUCUUCCAUGAAGAUCUCUUCUAAGUCUAUUCUUAGUCCUGGCCGCGCCGGGGAACCUUCUCAAAUCUCUCUCUCCAACUCUCUUAGUAGAAGAUUGAAAUCUAAUGGUAGCAUGAAAGGCGGCCAAGCUUCUCCAAUGUUCCCCACUAAUGGCAAGAAACGUGGCUGUGCCUUUGAAAAUCCUGAACCUUCUUCUCCCAAGGUUACCUGCAUUGGUCAGGUCAGAGUGAAGACCAAGAAACAGGGCAAGAAACUCAGAACAAGAUCUCAGAGAAGUGGUGACGUGAGUUUUAGAAGAGUAGACCAAACCAACGCCAGCAACAGUAGCAAUCUCGAACCUAGUACCCAUCAAGAUUUUACACACAACCAUGUAAAUAAUCAGUUUCUGAAUCAGCAGCAACAGCAUGAGUGCUUGCCUCAUCGGAAUCAGAGAUGGGUUCAUUUACCUCUGACCAUAUGCGAAGCUUUAAGGGCUUUUGGUGCUGAAUUUAACUGCUUUCUACCCUGCCGAUCCUCCUGUAUGGCCAGCCAGAAAGAGAAGGAUGAGAAGGCUGCGGAAUCAAGCAAUAGCAGCUCUUGUGGGGCGGUGUUUGCUCGGUGGAUGGUGGCGGUGCAAGAGGGAGAAGGAAAGGGAAGAGAGAUAGAGUUGGUGGUUGGGGAAGAAGACGAAGAAGAAGAAGAAAGGGAAGAUAGUACGGAGAGGAGGAGGAGCUACAGGAGGCAUGUUUUUGAAGAGAUUGAAUUCAAGGAAGAGAAAUAUGGAGAGGGAAAUGAGAAUAUGCAAGGCGAGGAAGCAAGGGUGAGUAUUUGCAUCCCACCAAAGAAUGCUUUGCUGUUGAUGAGGUGCAGAUCUGACCCUGUGAAAAUGGCUGCUCUUGCUAAUAAAUUCUGGGAAGCACCUGUUCCAAAUGAUGAGGAUGAGGAAGAUGGUGAAGUUGAUGGAAACAAGGAAGAAGAAAAGAAAAACGUAGAAGUGGAAGCAGGCGUUGAUGGAGAGGAGCAAAGAACAGUACUUGAGCAAGAAAUGAAGCAUGGAGGAGAUUUGAUGAAUGAAAGCCGGGUUUCUUGUGAAGCCGUUGAUGAACAUCAAAUUCAAGAAACUGAAGCGAGUCUGGUUGCUUUGGAGGAAGAUGCAGAGGAAACAGAAAUUCGGGUGAACCAGCAGCAAGAAGCUCUACUGUAUGAUCCUUCUCCUUCGCUGGAAGAAACCGAAGAUCCAGAGUACUUGAAAGAUCAAGAAAAUGAAGAAGAGUUGCCCCAAGAAAGUGAAGAUAAUCUAGAACAAAGGUUCAUCAGAGCAGAAGAAGAUGAACAAGAGAGAAAUAUCAGCGAUGAUAAUGUGCCCAUACGUCAAGAAGAUUCUGAAGAAGCUGGCGAAGACUUGCUAGAAGACCAAGAAACAAAAUCAGCAGAGACCGCUCGAGCUUUAGCAGAAGAAUGUGCAAUACAAGAAACACAUGAAGAGAGACAUUCAAUCUGCAUACAAGAAGAGGAGGAAGACGAAAACGAAGGCAGAGGAGAGACAAUGACCCACGAAAGACCCGAAUCCGGAGACCCGAAAAUCCAAGAAGGUCAACUUGACUUGAAGUCAAAGGAGAGUGAAAAUCAGCCUCUGUUACCAGAUUGCUUGCUGUUAAUGAUGUGUGAGCCCAAGCUGUCAAUGGAGGUAUCCAAGGAGACCUGGGUUUGCAGUACGGACUUCAUCAGAUGGUUACCAGAGCAUUCAAGGCCAGUCAAGAAAAAGGAAGGUGGAGAUGAGCCCAAGAAGAAACGGAUCAGCAUUGACAUUAAUCCUCCGCCUGUGCACAAAAACUUGCAGCAGCCACCUAGGUCUUCCUGUUCAUAUCCGGCUAAGCCGCCGGCUCGUGCCUCUGGCGCCGAGUCUAUGUCUACAGCAAUGGAGCAGAAACUGGUAGGAAACAAGGGUAUUGAGCCGUUUGUGCUAACGCGCUGCAAGUCGGAGCCAAUGAGGUCGGCGGCUAAGCUUGCACCAGAGGCUUGUUUUUGGAAGAAUAGGAAACUGGAGCCGCACCGUCCGCCUACGCUAGGGGUCGGCGAGGCUGGGGUUGGGUGUUGAUUUAGGAAGGCGACUUGGUAAGAAAUUUCUGAAAAGGUAUUGCAAGUUGUAUUGGCUAAACAGUAGUUUUCUAGUUUCCUUACUGUUCUUGUAAAUAUAUAUAUAUAUAUAUAUAUAUUGGCUUAUCAUGUGAUUGCAUAUUAAUAUUUGGGUGAGACUA